UUAGAUUGUAUUCACGUGUUGAAGGACAUGAGCCGGUGGUUCUCAUCGUUAAGACAAUGGAUGAAGAGGUUUUUGGAGCUUUCUUGUCAACGGAUUUGAUAGAACGGCGGAAUCAUGACACUCAGGGACUUACGUAUUUUGGAACUGGCGAAUGUUUUGUUUUCACGCUGCGGCCCAACAUGGAGCGCUACCAACGGGCUAUGAUCAACAUUAUGACCAGAAUAGUGUCUCCUCAGCAACCUGGAGCUGAAGGCAGCUCCUCCUCUCAGCUCGCCAUUGAAACUCUCAGCUGUCCGUCUGGGACUCCCCAGAACCCCGCCUUCCUGACCGUCCCCCUCACUGUUCCAUUAGAUCAUCCUAGGACAGCAAAAGAGGCCAAAAGACCAAAGGAACAAGAUGCCUCAAAGUUCAUUGCAGGGGAUGACAGUCAGCUCAUCAUCGGUGGUGACGGCGGCCACGCUAUCUGCUUGCGGGAAAAAUUAGAGGAAGGAAUCUCUGAGACUUGUGAAACAUUCAGGAGCGACCCACUCUGCAAGGGACGUUUCCAGAUCCAUUCUCUGGAAGUAUGGGGAAUUCAAAACUCCAUCUACCUGUCUCACAGCUUUCCUUCUCAGUAAACUACCAAAAGAAGCGGUAAAAUCAGGGAACUUCUGUGACCAAAAUACCGUCUUUGCAAUUCUUUGGAGAUUGCUCUUACAUUAGUCAAUAACUGUGCAGUAAACACAAACUCACCCUGGUUUAUAGGGUCAUCAACUGAGGCUAUUCACUACCUUAUUACUAAGUAUUACUACGUUUUUAUUUGUGGAUUGAACAAUUUUAAUUAGGCGGGCAAUUUGUGAAAUAGAAAUUAAAUAAUUAAUUCUAUUCAGUUUAUUUCUAUAGCUCCAAUUCACAUCAUGUCAUCUCAGGUCACUUUCCAGUUCACCAGAUCAUCCAGUCAGAUUGAUUCAAAGUUUUCUAU